AUGGCCGAAGUUCUAGACGAGGCUGAAGCAUUCAUUCACGCAACGGAAAUAUGCAGCGCGUCCAAGGAUGGAAAGACAGGUGAAGCAACAGACUCCUCAGGAAAGAAGGAUAAGUUCCACGAGGAUAUAGGGCAUGACACCAAGAACCGUAGAAGCUUAAAGAGAGCCCUAGACGGCCUCCCCUCUAAAGGACACCUCAAAAAUUACUUACAAAGAAAUGCUCACGGCUCGGGAAAGAGCCAAUACAAGAAGAACAAGUCUCCUGUCUCACCUACAGAGGGAAACCACAGCCAAGGAGGAUUUGUAGCCGUCAUUUCUGGGGGGCCAGCUGCUAGGGGGCCCACUAUGAGGGGACAGAAAGACUACGCUAGCUGCCUAGGACAAGUGAUGCUGUCAGGAAAAUCACUUGUAGACCCGUUCCCUCGGAUUGAGAUAUGCGAGUCAGAUGGCGGACGAGUAGCCACCCCACAUGAUGAUUCUCUGGUGGUCGAAAUCAAAAUCUCCAAUAUGAGAGUCAAGCGUAUCCUGAUAGAUACAGGGAGUUCGUCCGACAUAAUGAGCAUGGAGUGCCUCAGCCGUCUAGCUCACGAUCCAAAGACCAUUGAAAGCAUACACUACCCCAUCAUCGGUUUUGGAGGAAGCAUAAUACAUCCCGUGGGCGUCAUCAACUUGCCGGUUCGGAUUGGGGAUUGA